GUCAUGGCGAGUUGUUAUGGUGGUGUUUUGGCAAAAAAGGAGAUAUAAAAAGUGUUAAAUUUAGUGUGUAAAUGUAAAUAUGAAUUCUCCAGAGGAGACUAAAAAUGUGAUUCAAAAUGAGGAGAUGCCAUCCUGCAGCCGGGUGUCUUCGGACAAUAACGCUAAUACAACAAAUAAUACAGAUCAAAGUAAAGGAGCAAUACCAAAAACAAAAAUCGUAAGCAAAAGCUGUAUUUCUACAUCGAAAAAGAUUGUUAAAUUGAACAAUAACUCGGAAACUAUGGCCCCCAUGAAUUGUCUGGUUGGGAAUUGUGGUGACAUGAUAAAAAAAAAUGGAUAUACUGAAAAUGGUUCAAUGUCAAAUAUCUUUAACAACUCGAGUCUUUUAAAUGAACACGAAGCAAAUAACGGUCUAGGAAGCAAGGAGCCUGAUGAUUAUGACUACAAUUUAAGAAAACUGGGUAUUUCAAAUGAAGAUGACUUUGUUAAACUUUCAUAUCCAGAUGAUUUGUUUGCUUGUUUUGGUGAUCAAAAUCACACCCCUCCAAAAAAUGACUCGGAUAGUUGUAGUGAUGACACAGAGUUAUUGUCUGUAUCAGACGAUGGCUGUAUUUAUACUUAUAAGGCUGAUUAUCUGGCUGAUUUGCCAAGAUCAUUUUUUAAUCUUGAAAUACCACCAAAUGAAAAUAUUGAACAACCUCUUGUCUCUGUUAGUAGGGAAGGAAACUGCAGUCCAGAAAUGGACUUUCUUGAAAUGGACUUUGAACCAGAAUCCACUGGGGACCAGGAUGGACUUAGAACUGAUUUAGGUGAUGACAAUAUUGCUAAAGAUAGUUUUGACUCUCAGUUUAUGUUACCUAAAAGUGAAUUAUGUGGCUCAAGAAAUGUUGAUAAAACCAUACUAGUGAAUAGUGAUAGUGUUGUUAAUGAAGUUUUUCACAACAAUUAUGACACUUUUUCUGAAAUUUUGAAGACAUUUCAUUUAGCAAAGCCCAGUGAACAGUCAGAAAAAGCACAUCUACCACAUAAAACGCAUCACACGGAAUCCACAGUACAAUCUGAUUUUACCAACAAAGAAGAUUUAUCUCAAUGUUGGUCAAAAACCAGCGAAAAUGAAACCGUCAUGAUUUGGAGCGAGAGCGAGGCGGCCGCAAAACAAAUUUCCCAGAUUGCGCCAUCGUCUUGUGGCGCGACAGCAGUCCUUAAUGUCCUGAGCGCACUAAGGCUUCCAAUACCAACAGUUGAUAAGAUACAGGAGAUGGUCAGCACUAGGUUUAGAGCCAACUCAGCUCCCCUUGCUGAGUAUUUACUAUCUAGGUCCAGGGCUGGCUGCAACCACCGAGACAUCAUCCAGGGCCUAUACAGCGCCUCAAACGGUUCUGUUUACGCCCGAUUUUUCUCAAUGUAUCCGCCUAGAGCAAUAAAUCUCUACAAAUGGUUGGCCUAUUGGAUUAAACAAGGCGCCAUUCCAAUAGCAACGUUAAAUUUGCAAAAAUCCGAAAAAAAUUCAGCGAAAGAAAUAGCGGAUAGUUGGCAUCAUCAAAUGAUAUACGGGGUCGGUCCGAAAGGAAUUUACGUCGCAAACCCAAGCGAUUGCGUAGAUGCCAAGGAAAUGUGGCCGCAACUGACCUCAGAGUCUGUUUUAUUAAUUAGGAGAAGCAAUGUUUUUCCCAAAUUUGACUUUAAAACAAGUAUGAAGGAUCUAAUGAAAAUAUCUGAUGUUCGGUGGAAGGAAAUUAAUGUUGUUGGUCAAGUAGCCAAUUUAAUACGAGAAAGUCGGCGAGAAGUGAGGUUAGGGUCAACAGUGACGUCACACAUAAAAAUUCCAGCAGACUACAAGUCGGGUAUCACGUUAGCAAUCGACGUUAAUUCUCCUGCAGUAUCGCUUCUUCGGCAAUGUCCGGAACUUCCGUUGAUUGAAGGCUAUUUUUAAUAUUAUACUUUCAGUGCCUUUAAUUUAGGUAAAGAAUAAGAUUGUAUAGUACACAUAUACACUUAAGCAGGGUAUUUUAAUAUUGCAUCAGAAAUUUGAAAGGGAUAAUUUUUCGUGGUGUAAAAUAAUAGUAGGGGGUAAUUUCAUAUCAAAUCAACCAAAAAAAAAGGUAAAUUUUGUUUUCAAUAUUUUCAAUUCACCAAUUUUGCCUCUGCAGGCUCUUAAAACAACAGAUAUAUCUCAGGAACUGCUUAUUACAGAGCAUUGAGUAAUAGUUUAUGUUAAAGGUCUUUUGAAGCCCUUUCAGAUAAGUUAUCUCAUGAUAUACUUUUUAUUUAAAAAAAUGGAAAUUUUUGUAAAUUUCUCAAAAACACCAUAUUUUUUUUCAAAAAAAUAUAUUCUUUUUAUUUAUGUUUAAG